AUGGAUUUCGUCGUGACCGCGUUCGCUUCCGUGCUGCUGAUGCUCUAUCGCUGUGCCGUAUUUUUGACGAUUGUGGUGUCCAUCGCCGUUCAGAUGGUGGCAGGGAGCACUAUGUCCGUUCACGUCAGCCAACCUAACGCGGAAGUCUAUCAUCGGCAGGAUAUGAAAAAGGGUGAAUUUGACUACGGCUACCAUGUGAAGACGGUGAAUAAUCAGUUUCAGCACAAGGUGAAGGGCCCGGACGAUGUGACGUACGGUUGCUAUGGCUACGUCGAUCCGUCCAAGCGCAAGCACCUGGUGUACUACGUCGCUGAUCGGAUGGGCUACCGCAUCAUCUUCCCGAAUCGGGCCACAAAGAUCUUUACUGCGAGGCUGGCGGACAGUUUGAAUAAACUGGAUGGCGCGGUUAAAGGUAAGGAUUACGAUGAAAAGGUGGUCGAGUGGAACGAUCUGUACCUUCCGGAGUCUUGCUUCCGCCUGCCUGAGAUCCUCGAGACGGCCGCGAGUAACCAAGAGACCGUACAGGUGGUAUCUCCACCAUCGGGAGGAACUGGUCCAGUGAAAACGGCUCCUGUGCCAGCUCCCGCGCUUCCGAAUCCGACACAGUACACGAUCCCAUCCACUCCUCGCACCUUAGUCGACCUUACCGGGGCUGGAUCGGAGCGAUAUGAAACCGGUACGGAUGUUUACGAAGAACAGCGUUCGAAUAAUGGUGGUGGAGACUACAACGAGGGAGGUGUGCAAGGUCCACAGCAGCCUCAGCAACCAACCUGGCAAGGUUCGCUCCCGGACAUCAACCCAGCCAACAUUAACCUGGACCAGUUCAGCGGAAACGUCUACCCGAUCCACACCGGGACCAUCGACAUCCAGACUCAGUCCGGCUCGGGGCAAUUCUCCACCUCCCAAUAUAACCUCAACAUCACGCAACUUCUGGCCCAGAUCGAGGCCGUUAAUUCGCAGGUCAUCACUCUGAACAUGCUGCUGGCCGGUAUGGCCAACAAUCCGACCGCCUUCGGGAAUGCCAACGAGAACAGCUGCCGCAGUGUGGUGCAACUGCUCAAGUCACAGAACCGCACGCCGCAGCUCGUGUACGUUCCGAUCUUGAUUCCUUACGUCGAGGGUCAGCACAACAUUAACCAGCCGAUCGUGCCGGGCCGGAGUGACUCCUAUCGCAAACCUCACCACGGUCACCAUGGUUGAGACAUUCCGCUAGACCUCAGCUGAUAAGGGUUCCCCGACUUACAUGUAUGUUUUCGUUUCAAGCGUGGAUUGUCGAGGUUGUUUUGUUUUGACCUUUGUUUAGAAUGAUGUUAGACUUUAGGCAUCUUCUAAUCUGGUGUGCAUAAAAAGUAGAUGGAACGUUUGUUUUGUUUGUACGAUUGUAAACUAAUAAGGUUGAUAAUAAAUGCGUGUGAAUCAACA